AUAGGUCGCGUCUUUGUGAACAAUGCAUUCCUAUUGACAAUUCACUGCACAGCUAGCAGCUGCCUAGCAUGAGCAGCAGCUGUCGCUGCUCUUCAUAGAAGGGCCUGCUAGUUCAGCAGUGAGUAGUUAAGUAGCUGCAUACUCAAUCUGAUAGCCCGCGAGGUGCUCUUAUCACCGCGGUAAGCUACAGCCGCGCUGGGCCCCGUUCUCUGCUCCUCCACACCCAGCCCGUGCGGGCGCUGGCGCACGGGCGGCGGCCUGCUGCUCCAUUAGCUCGUAAGGCCCUGGCCCUCUGGACCCCAGUGCGCGAUGGAACUCCUAACUUCUUUUUGAAGAACAGCCUUACGUAGCUUUUGCAGCUGUGGGACCUAGAGGAGUUGUGCUAACCGACAGUAAACUACAGCCGGGGAUCGCCCGCGGCUCGCCAAUCAGGGCUAAGCGCGAUGGCUGCCCUCACGUUAAGCACAGUAUCAAGGGCAAGCCAUGAUCCAAUACAGGAGCGGAGCUCGCUUCGACAGCAGGCCUUAAGAACGUUGGCAGUAAUGGCGAUGGGGAUACUGAGCCUUCUAGUGUGCCCAGCAGCAGUAGCAGCUGCUGCGGCCAGUGGCAGCGGCAGCGACGCCGGGUACUCAGCACUGUGCGCAGUGGGGCGCAAUGAGAACCGCUACGUUCGUGAAUGGGUGGACUACCACAAGUGCCUGGGCUUCUCUCGCAUCUACCUGUACGACCACGGCAGCAGCGUGCCCAUGUCUUCCGAGCUGGGUCCCCACCUGGACAGCGGCUUCCUGCACUACGUCAACUUCAGCGCCGCGCACCGCAAGUUCCAGGAGGGCUACACAUCCGACCUGGAGCGAUUCAUGAGCACCGUUCAGGGCCAGGCGUACAAGCACUGUAUGGAGCAGUGGGGCUCGCGCCACACCUUCAUCGGCUUCAUUGACCUGGAUGAGUUCCUGGUGUUGUACGACCCGGGCUUGAGCAGCGUCAACGACUUGCUGCGGGAUUACGAGCAGUUCCCGGGGCUAUCGAUCUACUGGGUGCUGCUGGGCAGCAGCGGCCACGUGGCCCGCCCAAAGGCGCCGGUGGUGGAGUCAUACACGGCCUGCACGCCGCAUGACCACAAGUUCAACACACAGUUCAAGACAUUUGUGAACACGCGUUUCAAGCCCACCAUGUACUCGCCGCACCGCGCCGUCUUCAACGCCACAUCGCCCGACAAUCUAGAGCCGUACAUGGUCAACGAGCACCGCCAGCGCAUCGCGCGCGGCCGCAACAAGAACAGCACGCAUGAGCGCGGCGCGGUGUUCCACUACGUGACAAAGAGCUUCGAGGACUUCAGCGAGAAGAUGAACCGGGGCGGCGGCGCCGGCGUGACGCGGCCCAAGUACUACUUCACACUAAUGGACAGGUACAGCAAGGCCACGUGUGACGGGGCGCUCGCCACACGCUCCCGCUUCUGCGGUGUGCCGGUGCCAGCGGAGGUGCAGGCCAAGCUGGACGAUGCGGCGGCAAAGGGGAAAACCGGGCGUGGGAGAGCGGUGGCGAAGAAGAAGGCCAACCCGGCACUAUCCUAGCACUGAUGACUGAGCAGCAGCUGGCUGGUGUUGCUCUGCUUGCUGGUCAUGGAGAGUCAGGAGUUGCAACAAUGAGAGGGAUUUAAGGUAUGGACGUGGCAGGAAAUGCUUAGCGCGAGGAUUGCUGUUGAGGCUGCAUGCACUGGUGAUGAUUUCGAGCGGCUAAUCAGGAAGGCUCGGAAGUGUCGUGUCCUGGAUUGGUCACUGAUGGAGGGGCGUGUCUAGCCCGAUGGCCUGCUUUACAUCCACAAACCAUUGUACCACAUCGCUUCACUAGUACCCUUGCAUGACGCACCAGACGAAGGCAGGCGACGCCAGGCGACGCCAGGCGACGCUUUGAAUCACACCUGACUUGCAGACCUUGCAGGCUUGCACACGUCUCUCAUCCCCUUUUC